GUUCACGAAGAAUUUUUUCGCAUUUUCCAUCAGUGGUGAAAUCGAUUGGAGCUGCGUCAGUCUGCUCAGUCAGCCAAAACUUAUCUAAUAUUGUCUCUAAAGAGGUUGUCUGUGAUACCGCAGUUAAGUACAGCAGUAGGAGCGCCACCAAUGAGCACCUAUCCGAAUAUCGAACUGAACGCAGCAGGAAGAUCGUCAAUAGCAUAUUUAGUCGGCGUAAAAUAAAGCCAGAACCAGAACCAGAACCAGAACCAGAACCAGAGCCAGAACUAAAACCAGAACCAGAACCAAUAGCAAAUCCUGAUGAAGUUAAUAAAUUUAAUAAUAUUAUUAAUUCUAUAGGAUGGCAUAGAAUAAUUGGUUUUACAUUUAAAGGCAAAAAUGGAGAUUCAGUACCAAUCAAGGAAAUAGUCUGUGCAUAUCCUACUAUCAAUAAUGUCAAUAAAACCAAAUUUGAAACAAAAUCAAAGCCAUAUGCUUCAAUGGUAUUAUUUAAAAUUUAUACAGAUAUGCUAAAUCCUUUACGUGAUUACUAUAAAACUAUGUCAUACAAAUAUAAAAAUUACCCAAAUGAGAAAUCUAAAUUGACGAAUUUGAAAAAAUUAAUCGAAAUGUUUUCUACAUUUAAACCACUAAUGACUUGUAUGAUUAAUGCAUUAAAUUAUUUUGAAUGUACUAAUGACAAUUUAGCAUUCGAUAUUCUUGACGAAUCAUUAUUAUUAACUGACGAAUUGACUACUAUUAACAACUUUCAUAAUUCAGACAACACUCUAAAUUAUAAAUUUAUAAAUAGCAUACUUGAGAAAAUUUAUGAUUUUGCUACAAAAUACGGAUAUAUUGAAACAAUCAACAUCAAUGAAUCUAAAAUUGAACCCUUCUUAGAAAACUAUAUUACAGAAAUGAAAAAACUACAAGAUAAUUCUUCGUAUAAUAAUCAUAUUGACCCAAAAUUAAACAUGCAUGUUAAAGAUGGUGUUUUCUUAUUGUGCAGAAAUUUUGGAUUUUAAUAUUAGGUGGUAUAAUACAUAAUAUAUUUUUUUCUUUAUUGUUCUUCCUUACUUUGUAAUUUACAAACAACUAUCAAUUAAAAUAUUAUAUUAUACAUGUAUUUUGUAAUCUAAAUAAUUUAUUAUUCACUAAAAAAUAUAUUUAGAUUCUUUAUUUUAAAUCAUUUUAAAAAUUCAGCCAUUUAAGAUUAUAAUUUUUGUUAAUUAAUGUUACACACAGAAUAAUUUUAUUCAUUAUUUUUAUUACUAUUAUAACUUUUUCUUUUUUUAAUAUUGUUAUUAAUUAUUAACUAUUUUAGACCACUACAUAUUUUGUUCAAAUUAUUUUUUUUUUUAAUCAAACCUCAGUCUUUUGUAAAUUAUUUCUUUAUACAAGUCAUAAAAUAUGUAUAUAAUUUUUUUUACAGGCAAUUAUUAAACUGUGAUUCACGCAAAU